GCUCAGUCCCUCCGUAAUAUCCGCACCUCCCAGCAGAAGCCGUAAAUAGAUUGCUCUAAGGCAGCUCCUCAGCAGAGAGAUACUGCAAAUUGCACAGAGCAAAAUAUUACAGAAACAGUUCCAGAUAUUCUGUUGCGUAGGAAGCAAAUACAUGACAUCUGAGAAAUCUUCAACGACUUCAUUAAGAAGGGGGCAGUGAGUGUGUAGUGUCUUGACAUUCUGAGGCAUUUGCCAAGGACCAUGGAGAGCAAAAAGAAAAUUACUUGUCCCCUUCUCUAUGCCGUUUCCAUUGCGGCCAUUGGAUCGCUCCAGUUUGGGUACAACACAGGUGUCAUCAAUGCACCUGAGAAGAUUAUUCAGGCAUUCUUCAAUCAAACAUUGGAGUCGCGGAGAGGAACCCCAACCUCCUCUGAGCUUCUGACCUCGCUGUGGUCCCUCUCCGUUGCCAUCUUCUCCGUGGGAGGGAUGAUCGGCUCCUUCUCUGUUGGACUUUUCGUCAACCGAUUUGGAAGGCGGAACUCCAUGCUACUGGCGAACAUCCUGGCCGCCGUGGGUGGCAUCCUGAUGGGCUUCUCCAAGAUGGCAAAAGCAGUAGAGAUGCUGAUCCUUGGCCGCUUUGUCAUUGGCCUCUUUUGUGGCCUCAGCACUGGCUUUGUGCCCAUGUACAUUAGCGAGAUCUCACCUACCGCCCUGCGUGGCGCCUUUGGCACCCUCAACCAGUUGGGCAUCGUUGUGGGCAUCUUGGUGGCACAGAUUUUCGGCUUGAAGGAAAUCAUGGGGAGUGAGAGCCUCUGGCCACUGCUUUUGGGGUUCACUGUCAUCCCAGCCAUCCUACAGUGUGCUGCUCUGCCCUUCUGCCCUGAGAGUCCUCGUUUCCUGCUGAUCAACAAGAUGGAGGAAAAUAAAGCGCAAGCAGUUCUCCAGAAGCUCCGUGGUACACAGGAUGUGGCCCAAGACAUCCAAGAGAUGAAAGAGGAGAGCACCAAGAUGUCCCAGGAGAAGAAAGCAACAGUGGCGGAGCUCUUCCGCUCACCUAAUUACCGCCAGGCCAUCAUCAUUGCCAUCGUACUCCAGCUCUCCCAGCAGCUCUCGGGCAUCAAUGCUGUGUUUUAUUACUCCACGGGGAUUUUCGAAAAAGCCGGUGUCAAGCAGCCUGUCUAUGCCACUAUUGGUGCUGGUGUGGUUAACACAGUCUUCACUGUCGUAUCGCUGUUCCUGGUGGAGCGUGCAGGGCGCAGGACCCUUCAUUUGGUCGGCUUGGGAGGCAUGGCUUUCUGUGCUGUUCUCAUGACCAUAGCUUUGACACUUAAGGAUGUCUUGAGCUGGAUUAGCUAUAUCAGCAUCAUUGCCAUCUUUGGCUUUGUGGCCUUUUUUGAAAUUGGCCCCGGUCCUAUUCCCUGGUUCAUUGUGGCUGAACUCUUCAGUCAAGGUCCCCGUCCUGCAGCUGUGGCAGUGGCUGGCUGCUCCAACUGGACCUCCAAUUUCUUGGUGGGAAUGCUCUUCCCCUAUGCAGAGAAAUUGUGUGGUCCCUAUGUCUUCAUCAUCUUCAUUGUUUUCCUGGUCAUCUUCUUUGUCUUCACCUUCUUCAAAGUCCCAGAGACCAGGGGCAGGACUUUUGAAGACAUCUCCAGGGGCUUUGAAGGACAAGCAGAAGGAAGUGGCACCAUUGCAGCAGUGGAGAAAAGCCCCAUGGUGGAACUGAAGGGCAUAGGGUCUGCCAAUGAUGUUACCUCAAAUAUUUAAUGCCCCCCUUCUUGACCCUUUUUCAUUGUUAAAGAAAUAAGCGGAGAAUCUUUCAAGGACUGGGCAGAGAUACAUGUCAGGAGAAAAUCUAGGACAAUUUAAAAAUUGCUGCUAUUUUAUUCUUCCCCUCGCACCACUCCCUUUCACAUUUCUGCCAAGCCCUGCCAGUGUUAAGAUGGUCUGAAGUGGGGAGGUCUCAUCUGCUUUCAACACUUGAGGUCAUCAGGAGCUACAGCAAAAAUAACCUCAUCUCCAUCUGCUAUGCACUUGAGGAGGAGACCAUAUGGGCAAUAUUUUUGCUGCUCUCACCUUUAAUUGCUCCUAGGGAUUAAGGUAUUUUUGUGCAUAGCAAUCUCCUGUUUUUUAAACUUAUUAUUUUUGUAUAGUGAGCUAAAGCAACCAAACAACUCUGCCUCUUCCCACUUUAAAUUCAGUUCCACCGUGUGUGCAGUAUUGCACUGGAAUUUAAUGUAAUUGCCAAAAUGUAAAAAGUCAUCAUGUCAUCUUUACUGUCUGGUGGGUGCCUCAGGAGAAGGGGACCAAGUUACCAGAGAGGGUUUUUUUUUCCCUUUUCUUUUUGUACGGCUAGUUUGAAAGCUCAGUUUUACAUUGGUUUAUUUAUUUGUGUGUCAGUUUAAUUGUAAAUAUUUAUUUUUUUAAGAAUGUAAAGAUAUGUACAGAUAAUGAAGAAGAUGUUUAUGUUAUAUAGUCAUUCUAAGAGAUGGUACUGUAGGUUUUAGGUGCAAUAAAACUGUAAAGCAGAAAUGUGGUACUAAAGAGAAAAAAGGGUGCUCUGGUUGGCACAUGAAAUGAAACUGAUUAUGCACAGCUCCAUUAAAGGACAUUUCUGUCCUCCAGACACAAAUCUAAAAAAAAAAAAAAAAAAGUACUAGAGAGAAUAAGCAUGUGACGGUAUUUGUGAAGUUCUUAUGUUCUUCAGGACUUUUUGGUGGCUAUGUUAAAUAACAGUCACAAGGAUUACUUGAAAAUUGAAGUAUUAUAGCAAAAGGGCAUUGUUACUUGACACUAUUUUCAGUCACUAUUAGUUCUUGUGGAGGCUGGGUGAUGAUUUCAGGCCAGAUGCUGACUCAUUCAACUCUCUUUUCUUGAAAAUUGGCUUCUCUGUUCCUCUUUUCUAACAGUAAAGGAAGUCUGAAAGAAACAGAUUGUAAUUUAAAGAGAUGCGAGUAUAAAAAAAUUUCCAAAACUGUAUAUUCUUAUCAAUUGUUCCUAUAGAUAAACUUUAGACAAAGGCACGUAGCAUGAAUCUUCUGGAUACAGGACUAGUCAUCCAAGACACGUAAGACUCUGUAAAGGUAGAAAUGCAGGAAGAGACCAAAGCUCCUGAAACUUGAUAGGCAGACGGAAAGAUGUUUAGUCCAUGGCUAUAGGGUAAAUUUUUGCUACAGGUGCUGGGCUAUCCAUUCUGGAGGCUCCAGGCAAUACUGUAAUGUAUUGUGUGUGUACACUACUGCCCUCUACUGGAUGCGGUAUGUCAGACACAUUCACUUAAUAAUGGUAGAAAGGAGAAAGAAGGAGAGUCCAGUGUGGUUAGGCCCAUUGACACUCCAUCAACAUCCGUGUAGGACGUCCAAACUCAAACUCCAGCACUGAGCACCUCUGCAUUUUUGGAUUGAAACAAACUCUGGAUCUGAAUUAAUAGCUUGGGUCCAUUUACACCAAAGCUAGAAUCACAUGGCUGGACUUCAUACAACACUCGGCAGGGAAGUUAGUAUGCCUGACCUCAUCAACCCAUAGCUGGCUAAAGAAAACAAAACUACAACAAUGCUCCCCAAAUCAUCUGAGGGCACAUCUUGUCUAUUGCUCCCAAGAACCACACCCAAGGUUCCUUACCAUGUAUUCUCCAGGGUUUGCUCUUGUCCAAGUUUUAAAUGACUUAAGGGAUGGAGCCUCCACCCCUUCCCUUGUGGACAAUGAUUACAAAGUUCAGUAAAUUUUGCUGCUGGGAAAUAUUUCCUGUGAUUUAACAAGAACAUUUCCCUCCUUGCUCAAUUUCAUCAACUUACUCCUAAUUCUUCCACCCACCCCCACCCUCUUCGAACUUUCUCUCCCUCCUUGCUGUUUAUGUCUUUCAGAGUUUAUAGACAGUUAUACUCCAUUAUUUCAUCAUUUGGCUAAAUUAUACAGAUUUCAUUCCUUUGAUUCUCCUCAUAACUCUGAUUGUUUAAUUGUUUGUGUAAGACACAGCUUUCUGGUUGUAUGUCUGUAUCUAAGGGAAGGAAAUUCCCCUCCAGAUGGGCAUUAGAGCAUUCCAUACAGCACAUCAGGGUGUUCAUAUGAUGCCUUGGACUCUCACUCUAUCUUAGUCUGUCUCUUUCUCUUUCUCUAUGUGUACAUUAUGAGUAUUUCUGAACGGUUUUAUAUACUUAUUAUUAAUUUGUGAUUGUGUCACAUGUUUCUAAAAUAAAAAUGGUGGAUGUAAAUAUUA